GGGUCGCUGCAAGUCAGAUUCGGUGCUACCAAACACCUUAGAGUGGUCGGUAGAAUUUUUCGAAUAGUCGGCAAGUGCUGCGGCUUCUCAUAAGAUAUCCGGAACUUUAUUAGAUUGGAAUUUAAUAAACCAAAAGCUAAUGUCUCAUUCCUUGUAAUGUUCUUGGCUCAAAGUAUUCGUGUUAAGCAAAUGGCGUUCCUGGUGAGGCUUUUGAGAUAAAGAAAGGACUAGGGGUGCAGAGUGUAUAAAAUUACGUUCUUUUCUCAAAUAGCCAUAUUUCUCAACAAACAUCACCAGCUUCCUUUGUGAACAUUCUUUGCAAUUCAGAACUCCCGAACUCAACGGCAACAAUCCACAAUCCACAAUUCAAAAUGUCUAACACAAAGACAUACAUUAUAACUGGCGCGAAUCGAGGAAUUGGUCGUGGCUUUGUAGAAGCUCUGAUACAACGACCAAACACCACCGUUAUAGCAGGCGUCCGAGACCUCUCCUCCCCGACAUCAAAAUCUCUCUCCGAUCUCCCUCUGGCUACUGGCACUCGCAUAAUUCCGCUUCUAGUUUCCAGUAGCGAUGAGCUGUCUCCAUCUCAGGCUGUCGAAGAACUCCAAAACACACAUGGUAUAAAACACAUCGACGUUGUCAUCGCUAAUGCCGGCAUAUCACAAUGGCAUGGCAAGGUUUCCGAGAUGCCUCUAUCCGAAGUACGCGAACAUUUUGAAGUCAACACAAUCGGAGUUCUGACUCUAUAUCAAGCCACACUUCCCCUCCUUUUGAAGUCUACAAAUCCCGUUUUCAUGGCCGUGACAUCGGGUGUCUCGAGUAUUGGUGCUAUGGGAGACAUACCACUUCCGGUGCCUGCAUACGGGAUGAGUAAAGCGGCAUUGAAUUAUAUGGUUAGAAAAAUCCAUUUUGAGCAUGAGAAGCUUAUUGCCUUUGUCAUAUGCCCAGGAUGGGUACAAACUGAUAUGGGAAAAUCAGUGGCCGACAUGGGAGUAGAGGCUGCGCCAGUAAGUACGGAGGAAAGUGUCAAGGGAAUGUUGGAGAAGAUUGAUAACGCAACGAGAGAAGGAAUAUCAGGGACUUUUCAAGCGUUCGAUGAAAAAAAGUAUCCUUGGUAGACGAAACGAAGGCUAGCCAAUUAUUUUUCCCCACCACAAGUCUUUCGUAGAAUCAGUACAGUCCCA